CCCCUGCUCAUUCAUUCUCUCCGCCCAUUCCAAGCCUUCUCGUCCUCCUCCUCCUCCGUCUUUCACCUCUUGCCUCCUGUUACCAUCUUCCUUUUCUGCAGACAGUCUGCUUUGCUUUGGUACGCAGCAUCAUGAUGCAUAUGAGUUGCAUCUGGGGUGUCUCCUUGCUCCUGUCUCUGAGCUUAGGCUGGACAAAGGCUCAACAGACCAAUAACACCAGGCCUGUGUUCUACUGCGGAGGAGACCUGGUUGCAGAAUCAGGCUUUGUUGGAAGUGAAGGGUUCCCAAGCUUCUACAAACCAAAUAGCAAAUGCACCUGGCGCAUCACCGUCCCAGAGGGAAACGUGGUCACGCUCUCCUUUCGCAUUUUUGACCUCGAGGCCGAUUCACAAUGUCGCUACGACUAUCUGGAUGUUUACAAUGGACAUUCCAACUUGGUGCAAAAACUGGGCCGCUUCUGUGGAACUUUCCGACCCGGGACUCUUAUUUCAACCACAAACACAAUGAUGCUGGAGAUGGUGUCUGAUGAAGGGACGCAGGGUAGAGGAUUUGUGGCCUAUUUCAGUGGAGCCAAACCCUAUGAAGAUGACCAACAGUUCUGUGGCGGGAAGAUAACAAAAGCCCAGGGGGAGAUCAAGACACCCAACUGGCCUGACAAGAAAUACCCAUCAGGAACCAGCUGCUCCUGGCUAAUCACCGUGGAGCCCGAUAUGGUAAUCCAUGUGAAUUUCGAUAAGUUUCUCCUGGAGUCCGACAUUUAUUGUCGCUUUGACUAUGUGGCAUUCUUCAAUGGUGGAGAGAGGGAUGAUUCACGUCUGAUUGGAAAAUACUGUGGCCUUCAGGUCCCAGAACCCAUUGUUACCAACGGAAAUGUGCUCUUGGUCCAGUUUGUGUCAGACCUCAGUGUGACGUCUGAUGGGUUCUUCGCCCGCUUUAACAGCAUCCCACGAGGUUCUCAUAUACCAACAGUCAACUCGGGCGCCAGUACAAAACGCAUUCCCCCAAAACCUUCUGUCAAACCGGAACAUCCUCCAACCCCUGUGGAGACAACCACCAGAUAUGUGCCAGCUCCAGCCCCGAAGCCCACGCAGAGACCCAAACCGGUCAAGCCCACUAGAGGCCGUGGACAGGGUACUACUGAAGCAAGGCCAAAUGGAAAGAAGCCUGUGCUUCAAAAUCCACUGUGUGCCAAAGCUUGUAAAAGAAAUGGAACCAUCAAGACUAGUUUCUGUUCCAGUGAAUUUGUUAUAACCGGGAAGGUGACCUCGCUAGCCCCAAGGCCCCGGGGCGCUCUACAGAUUACCGUGUCUCUCAUUAAGGCCUACAAGGCCGGCCGGCUAACCAUAACACAAGUUGGAGAGACCAUGUCAGUGAAGUUGGUGUCACAGUGCAAGAAGUGCCCACUGUUCCGUAAAGGUGUCAACUACAUCAUCAUGGGUCAGGUGAAUGAAGACGGACAAGGUACUCUGGACCCUGGUGCAUUCACAGCGCUAUACAAAGCCCCACACCACAGAUUGUUAAUGAAUAUCAACAACCAACCCUGUUAACCUCACAUAUCUGUCCAGACCAGAAGAAGGAAACCUAAAUCCAGACACUUUAAUGUGAAAUACAGCUCUUUUAAAGCACUAUAUUACAGGAAACAUAACUUCAAUGUGAUACCACAAAUUAAAGGAAUCCAAUUUUAAUGAUUUAUUCAAAACUCUGCCAAACCUUAUGUUUGUAAUUUAUAACUGAAUAAAGGUUUUAUAUCUCUUUCA